AUGACGGAGAAUCUACCCAAGGAUCUAGUUCUCACGAAGGGGGAUGUCGGUUCUGAGUUGGCCGUCUUAGGUGGUGUCGAUGUCGACGAUAUCAUCAAAUUAUGGAGAGUAUACAACACAAACAGUUCUAUUCUACGGGAUGGAGUAGGACAACGGCUAGAAAACUUCUUCUGGAGAAUCUGGAGCAGCAAGCGCAUAUACAGCUCUCUCUCUGGUUCCACUCUGGCUACCUUAUUCGUGCACAUAUCUGACGAUCGUGCUAUCGAAACAAUACCAACUGCGACAACGAAAAGGCUUCGUGCAUUAGAAACAGCUCAACAAUGCGCUGAUCAAGACACCACCAUUUGGUCCGCAGCAAAAGCAACUUCAGAACAAGGCAGCAAGGAUGACGGGAGCAAGAAGGGAGAACAGGCUCGCUCCGGACGAACUCAAACGCGUCUUCCGCCCAUCCUGAAGAAGUCGCAGGGAACACAAGCAGAACAUCCGAAGACCACUCGAAUCUUAAUCUCUGAUAAAGCCGGAGAGAACAUCAUGCGGACAACAUCCUCCAACCCCCCAACUCCACUUGCCGGUACGCAAACCCACAAGGAGCCUCCACCAAAACAGAGUCGUAAGAAGACUGCUUUCGUAGCCAACACGGCCCUGAACUCAAGGAGGAGACCGGUUCUCCUCAGACGCAAGUCAUCGCAACAGUCGUCCGGGCAAUCAUCUGCAAGAGUCUCACCUUUACCAACACCACAACUCACAUCAACACCUGCUCGAGAGUCUCAAGAGUAUUUCCCAAAGAUUACUACUCAAGUAGAAAAGCCACUUCCUGUGGAAGAACCGAUCGUGGUUGAACAACCGUCGAAAACAGAGGACCUGCUUCAGAAAAUCCCUCUUCUCAUGACCGAUGAAGUGCCAAUAGCGACGGGACUUCCAGUCGCUGAAGGACCUCCUCCGACUGGUUUCAAAGCGAGCAGCGUUUACCGCCACAGAAGCCCGGAAAGAAAGCAUGAUCGUCCACAAGACAAAACCAGCAAGUCUCUCGUCGAAGACGACUUUCGCAGCCGUUUCGCUGAAAAAGUACAUCGGGAAUCUUUCGGGGCCUCAUCAAUGGUAGUAUCUGAUGUAGUAUCAUCCGAAGCAACAGAGGAGGCUGAUUCAAGAUUUGAAUCUGGUAUUUCGAACACGUCCACGAGAUCUCCUGGACCGACUGCAGGCAGUGGUUCAAUAUUAUCCGGAAACCUCCAGCGCAGCUCUACACCAUCUGACAAUCCCCACCACCCUAUUCUCGAGUCUCGGGGCUCCCCGUAUUCAUGGUCACAUUCUCGUUCUACAUCCCCAUCCCGACCACGCAGCCAACUAAGCAUGAUGAUCGCACAGAGUCGGCGGACAAGCGAGAGCCAACCGAAUAUAUCAUGCGGCGAGAGAACCCAAGUUUCUAAUAAUGUCGAUGGCUCCUCCGCCAGUCGACCAGCAUCAGCAGUCUAA